AUGGGAAAGCAUGGACCUUGCUAUCACUGUGGUGUUACAAGCACCCCACUGUGGCGUAACGGGCCUCCCGAUAAGCCUGUACUCUGCAAUGCGUGUGGAUCGAGGUGGAGAACAAAGGGAACUCUUGAAAAUUACACACCUCUACACGCGAGGGGGGAAACUGACGAAAUCGAGGACCACAGGGUUUCGAGGGCAAAAACCUUUUCGUAUAAGAACAAAGAGCCAAAGGUUCUCAAGCGAAAGUAUGAUAGUAAUGUUAAUGAAUUCGGGGGAGUUCUUCUUCCUGAUUAUAAUAAUAACCAAGGAUUUCGAAGAGCGUUUGAUGAAGAUAUUAGCAAUCGGUCGAGCUCGGGAUCUGCUAUUUCAAACUCAGAGAGCUGUGCACAAUACGGCAGUGCUGAUGCUAGUGAUUUGACCGGUCCAUCUCCAUCCAAACCGGUUGUAUGGGAUUCGACAGUGCCCUCGAGGAAGCGAACGUGUUUUACUCGUCCGAAGCCUUCUCCAGUAGAGAAGCUAACUAAAGACCUUUAUACGAUAUGGCACGAGCAACAGUCUUCAUGCAUGUCUGUAACCUCAGAGGAUGAUUUGCUUCUUGAGAGUGAUAAACCGAUGGUGUCGGUUGAGAUUGGCCAUGGGAGUGUGCUUAUCCGGCAUCCCAGCUCGAUCGCUCGAGAGGAGGAAUCAGAAGCUAGCUCGCUUUCUAUUGAUAAUAAAAAACAUGCUCCGAGUUCCCAGCAUGUGCCUAUGCCGAGCCUUGUUGAGGAAAAGUGUACUAAUUUAUCAAGGACAGGAAUUGAGAAAAUACCGAAGCCUUCUAAUAAGGGGACAACAGAACAAGAGCGUAAUAGAAGAGACAAGGAUCAACCUCAAAAAUUACAGAUUUUGGCACAUCAUAAUUCACCACUCGGUCACAUAGACUUGCAAGAAAUCGUAAAUUUGGACAAAUUAGUUACUUAUUUCACAAACGAUGAACAACAGCGGUUGCUAAAGCUUUUACCUUCUGUUGACACUUCAAAAGCUCUGGAUAGUCUUAGAAGCAUGUUUGAUAGCUCCCAGUUCAAGGAGAAUUUGUCCUCCUUCCAGAAACUUCUUGCAGAUGGACUCUUUGACAACACAUUAUCCGGCCUUACAACAGAAGACUGUAGAGCUGUGAGGAAACUUGUGUUGUGCAAUUCGAGCAAAUCAAAAUGGGUGGAACAAUAUAAAAUCUUUAAGGAGACCAAAGGUAGUAAAAGUGCCAUUAAUGAACCAGAAGCUGUGAAAUCAAAUGCCCUUGCAACUGCUGAUUAUUCACUUAGCGUUACGAGACCCCGUGAUGGUGGGGCCCACCAAAAGUUCUCAGGGGCAAAGGCAAUAAUAAAAAGUCCGAAAAAGACAGCGAUGAGGUCAAUCUGCAAUGAGGGAGUGAAAAUAGAUAAGGGCUGCUCUUUCUUAAGUCCGAAGUCCUUAUUUUCUUCGGAUUUUGUUGAUGAAAGCUGUGAACAGGAUUUGCUGCUCGAUGUUCCAUCUAACGGAAUGUUCCCACAGGCUGAACUCCUCCCGAGUUACAGUUUUGGUGCUCAGGCAAGCACCACUAGUAGUACUUCACUAUACCCAUACUUUGGCAAUCCCUGA